AUGUGUUGGACCUGAUGUCUAAGUGGUUAAUAUAAAUAAGCAAAACCAUUCGGUUUCGGUCUCGCCUUCACAGGUACCUGGUAGGUAACUAAUGAGGUACCUUACCUAGUACAUACGUACCUAGGUUAGGUCCAUAUCUCCUCUCCUGCUGAUCGUAAGUGGUGGUUACCUAUUAAACACCGCAUUCCCCGAACCCGUGGACCUCGGGGCCGGCCCGUCGGGUACACCCCGAUCUACCUACCUACUUAAGGUUAGCACCAUGGCAGCCCUUACCCAGCCGCCGUCGUCGAGACAGGUCGUCACGGGGGCACUAGCAUUUCUCCUCGUGGCGUGCUUCGUGCUAUUCACGCCGCGUUCAUCAUCGUCGUCGUCAACGGGGGCUUUGCCCUCGUCUGCUUUAGACAGUGGGCAGCUGCUGUCGCACUACAGCAAGGGCAGUGCGUCGGCGGGCGAUAUCGACCGCCGGGUAAGUAAUAAGACGCUGGGGUUCGAGAGGGUGUUCGCCGUGGGGCUCCCGGAGCGCAGCGACAAGCGGGAUGCGAUCGCGCUGACGAGCGCGCUGACCGGCUUCGAGGUCCGUUGGGUCGAUGGCGUUAGGGGGGAGACGAUUCCCGAUAAGGCGGUGCCGUUUGGCGCCGAUAGGAAGACGUUGUGGGAGACGAACCUGGGGAGUUGGAGGGGUCAUAUGAAUGCUAUUCGAAGAAUUGUCGAAGAAGACCUCGGAUCGGCUCUUAUCAUGGAAGACGACAUGGACUGGGACGUACGACUUAAACCGCAACUCGAAAGAAUCGCCCAAGGCGCCCGAGCUCUCUUUCCCCCUUCGUCGUCGUCGUCGUCGUCGUCCUCUUCGUCAUCCUCAAAGCCCGAUUCCCCCUACGGCGACGACUGGGACCUGAUGUGGCUCGGACACUGCGGGGAGGUCUUCCCGGAGACGCUCGACGAGAACAAAGACAGGCCCGCGGAAGACCCCGGCGUGCGGCGCAUGUCGCGCAAGUUCGUCAUCGCGAACGACCCCACCGUGCCCCCGCGCCACCAGCUCACGGGGCUCGUCGACUUCCGGAGCCACCCCGAGUUCACGCGCUGGGUGCACGUCACGGGCGCCCCCAUAUGCACGUUCGCGUACGCGCUCUCCCGCCGCGGCGCGCGCAAGGUCCUCUUCGACCUGUCCGUCGACCACCUGACGGGGCCGUUCGACAACGCGCUCGCCGGGCUCUGCCGGCGGGCGGUUUCGACGACGAUGACGACGCGGGGCGCAGAGGAUGACGAUGAGAAGGUGGGUGACCGCGGGCUCGACGCGAAUUGCGUCAGCGUGACGCCGCCCGUGUUCUUCCACCACAAGGCGCGCGGGUACGUGAAUGCCGACAGCGACAUCCAGACCGUGCACGACGGCCAGGUACGGGAGAAAGGGAAGACGGAGAAUAUCGUGUGGAGCGCGAGGAAUAAUAUUAAAAAUAUGGUUAUGGGGACGCAGAUGGAGAGUCAGUACGAAUAAAAAGAAAAAGAGCGUGUUUGAUUUGCGGCGUCAGUGCUUGCUUGGGCUUUGGGUAGAGUAUAUGCUGUGACUAAAUGAUACCUAUAUUGAUUAGAAUAUACGAGGAUUGACCACGAACGAGCGCCUUGUUUUAGAUUUGCUAUGUCGAGAAGGCGAAUCCGGUAUGGAUUUAGGUUUGCUCAUUUUGAUAUUGUAUGGGUCGAGCGAACAUUCUACCCUUUUUUUUUGUUCGAGAAGUUGU